UCCAUGUACAAGCAACCAAAAACACGCCGUACUCGGAGUGAGAGAACAUACUGAUAGUCAUUUGACCGUGCAUACUGAUCAAGGAACCGGUCUACAGAUAUUUGAUCCAUCUAUGCCAAUGGUAUAUGCCAUAACACCAACCUAUGCUCGGCUUCAACAGAAGGCCGAACUAACCAGGUUGUCACAGACAUUGCUUCACCUGCCCAAUUUUCACUGGAUACUUGUGGAAGACGCUCCAAAUAGAACUAAACGUGCGACAGACCUUUUGAGAUCCAGCGGGCUCUCCUAUACACACCUAUAUGCUUUAACACCGGAGGAUGUUAAAUUGAAACCAACGGAUUCUCAUAGUUCAAAACCAAGGGGAGUAUCGCAGAGGAAUGAAGGGUUGUCAUGGAUACGGCGACAUUUAGAUCCAGACAUACAUCACGGAGUUGUAUAUUUUGCUGAUGAUGAUAACACUUACGACUUACGGAUUUUUGCUGAGAUGCGGAGAACAAAACGGGUUUCCGUUUGGCCGGUUGGGUUUACAGGAGGCCUCAGAUAUGCUGGACCCGUGGUCAAACAAGGAAAGGUGACAGGUUGGUUCACAGGAUGGAAUCCAGAAAGGCCAUUUGCAAUUGACAUGGCUGGCUUUGCAAUCAACCUUAAGCUGUUCUUCCAAUAUCCAGAAGCUCAGUUCUCCAACUACAACGUCCAAAACGGGUAUCAGGAAUCCACUAUCCUGUUGGCACUGCACCUAACAUUGGACGUCCUUGAACCUCUGGCUGAUAACGCCACAAAGGUACUGGUGUGGCAUACAAGAGCCGACUACCCAAGACUAAAGGGUGAAAGCAGAAUCCAAUCGCAGCUGCACAAGGCACCAUACUAUUCUGUGGAAGUGUAACUACAUAAUAUUGAUACAAGGGAAAGAAGGAGUCCAAAUACACAAGUGUACUACCUUCACCAGUACAAUUUCUCAUGCGUCUGCAAAUAUGUCGAUAGUGGGUGAGAAUGGCUGUACGCCACUCCUAGCAAUAUUCCAGAAGUAUCACACCGGGGACUCUAGAAAUGGGCUUCAC